AUGCCUCAUAUCGCAAACACACCCGAGUCUAUGCUGUCCCGCUCGGAUUCACUAGAUCCAGCCACGACAUGUAGAGGCGUGACCUCAAAUGGCCGACCAUGUCGCCGUGCCCUAGCUGCCUCUACAGGGCCGCAAAAAGGCACAGCCUCGGCUUCCAUGUACUGCUGGCAGCACAAAGAUCAAGCAGCAGUGUCGAAUGACCCAGGAUCGACACGCCCCUCACGACACCCACGGCCGAAGCCGCGAACAAGCAUUGACACUCUGAUAGACCGGCUGGGCGUUCUGGAGAUCAACGACCCACAAGCGAAACCAGCGCCGCACCGACGCCGCAAGCCAAAAAAGCGGACUGUAUGUUGCUGCUUUGAGAUCGCGGAAGACAUCGAGAACGAGCAGCCUCCGAGGCCUGUGACAGUAAGCUCGACCGCAGAUACCCGUCCGUCGCGGCCGAUGCAGCAGGUCCCGUCCACCUCUAAUCCAGGACGACCCAAACCGCCGGGCCAGAAACCAUCAUCACAAUCGACUUUACUCUCGCCUCGGCCGACUUCCCACAGACCAUCGCUGCAAAGUAGCCCCGCGUCUUCCUCGUCACAUACGACGGCGCUCCUCGCAUGGAUUCCUCCAACACUAACCCCGCAAACAACAUCUGCCCUGCUCACGGAGUUGGCGAAGCCCAUCUCCGAAGCAGAUGAACCGGGCUACAUAUACAUGUUUUGGGUGACGCCGUCGAGCUCCACGUCAUCGCCGCCUCCCGCGGAAGUCGCCAGAUCGCUUGUUCCGGAUGCCCAUAGACCAGGGCACGGUCGCCGCGUCAGCGACGCACUCAAGACAGCGCGCGAUAUGAAUGCGCUAGCCUCUAAACCGACCAGCCAGGCAUCUGGUACUAUCCGCCUGAAGAUUGGCCGGACGAGUAACGUGCAGCGCCGUCUGAAUGAAUGGUCGAGACAGUGUUCGCAUCAUUUGACUCUGAUCCGUUACUACCCGUAUACACCCUCGACGCCGUCGCCGGCUGGAUUGCAGUCUGGAGGAAAUCAGGAAAAUGGCUCCGCCGCUCUAAAGCCAGGGAGAAAAGUCCCUCAUGUCCAUCGCGUGGAACGACUGAUCCACCUCGAGCUGGGAGAUGUCAGGGUUCGGGACAUGGGACGAUGCCAGGAGUGUGGGAAAGAGCAUCGGGAGUGGUUCGAGGUUCCAGCCGAUAAACAAGCGCUGAAACGGGUGGAUGAGUGUAUCAGGAGAUGGGUGGAAUGGGCGGAGAGGCAGGGGCUGUGA